AUGUACAACGGUAUUGGUCUUACGACUCCGCGUGGAAGCGGAACCAAUGGCUAUGUUGUACGCAACCUCAGCGCACUGCGCAACCAUGAUAGGCCACAGGACAGGCAGAGCGCAUGGGACGCCGCGCCACCCAAGCAUCGUGAGCCUGAUGCGGAAAUUCUGGAGCACGAGCGCAAGCGGAAGGUCGAAGUCAAAUGCCUGGAACUCCAGCUAGAGCUCGAGGAGGGAGGAUUCGAAGAGGAUGAGAUUGAGCGACAGGUCAUAGCUUUGCGCGAGAAGUUGCUGGGAAUGUUGCCUCCGCCAACUUCGGCCAAGUCGCUCAAGCCUUCGGAUACACACGGGCUUGCUGCUGCGAAAAAGGCUGAGUUGUCGAAGAUGGCAGCCGCUUUGGGGACGCGUCGGGACUAUUCCGAAGGAGAGGCGUUUGACCGGGAAAAGCAGGAGGAGAUGAAGAUCCAGCGGGCUGCGCAGCGUGAAGAGCGCGAGGCGCGUCGGGAGGAGGACAGGAAGAAGAUGCAGGAACAGCGUGAGAAAUACGAGGCUGAGCGCAAGGAGCGCGAACGUCUUCGUCGUCGAGAGGAGGAUCGCCGGCGCCAGAUGGCCCCUCCACCGCCUCCUCCGAGGGAUUAUCGCGACAGGCGUAGUCCACCCCGCCGUCGGAGCGUGAGUCCGCCUCCUCGCAGACGCGACGACCGUAGUCUUUCUCCGCCUCGUGGCUACGGCGCUAGAGACCGUUCCCCGACACGUAGGCGCGUACCAGACUCACGCUCGCCUUCUCCGCCUCCACGCCGUAAGCGCCGCUUCGAGUCGCCGCCCCCUGCCCGUCGUCGUUCAGUCUCCCCCCGUGGACGUUCAAUCUCUAGAACACCACCUCGCCGUGACGCCCGCAGUGUCUCGCGUGGACCCAGAGAUUCCCGCUCGCCACCGCCGCGCCGCAUGGAUUCUCGGUCGCCGCCACCCCGGCGGAUGGAUUCCCGCUCCCCGCCACCUCGGAGUCGUUUUGAAUCUCGCUCACCGCCGCCUCGCCGCCGGCUCGACUCGCGUUCGCCAUCCCGCCAUUCGGACUCGAGAUCCCCGCCGCCUCGUCGCAGGGAUUCGCGUUCACCACCUCCUCGUGAGAGGGGUAGGGGCGACUCGCGGUCUCCGCCACCACGUCGUCGAACCGCGUCCGCGGGUUCAGGCUCGUCCAUGAGCGUUGGGUCGGAUGAUUGA